AUGUCAUUUCGUGACCUCAGAAAUUUUACGGAAAUGAUGCGGGUUCUUGGUUAUCCUAGGCUUAUUUCUGUUGGAAAUUUUCGUUUACCUAAUUUUCCACUUGUUGCGGAAAUUCUUGUUUGGCUGGUCAAAAGAUUUGAUCCUGAUGCGGAUAUAUCUAGUGAACAUAAUACUGAAGAAGAGCGUAUUUCUUUGAUACGUGCUGUUGCCGAAUUUAUGGCUUUAAAAACAAAUGUCAAAUUAAAUACAAAAAAAUUAUAUCAAGCAGAUGGUUAUGCUGUAAAAGAAUUAUUAAAAGUAGCUACAUUAUUAUAUGAAGCUCAAAAUAACAGCAACAGUAAUGAUGUAAUGUCUGAUGACAAUUUUAGUGUAACCAAUUUUGAUAUCUCUGAUAAAAUAAAUGAAUUAAAAACGACCAGACAAUUGGCUAGUCAACUAACUGUCACAGGUGCAUCAUUAUUUGACUUAUUAGGACGUGAAGUUGAUCUUAGAGAAAUUCGUAAUUCAAAGGCUGCUAGACAAUUUGACACUUCAGAAAUUGAAACUGCCUUGAAAACUGUCAUUGGAAGUAUACAGAAAGAAAUUGAUGAUACUAAGAAGCAAAUUGAAAAUGUCAAGGAUACAGAACAAAACUUGGAUACAAGAAUUGAAAGACGACGUGCAGAACUGGACAGAAAUCAGAAGAGACUACAAACAUUAAAAAAAGUACGUCCAGCUUUCAUGGAAGAAUUUGAGAAGCUUGAAGUUGAAUUAAGAGCUUUGUAUGAUGAUUACAUUCAAAAAUUUCGUUAUCUUGCAUACCUUGAGCAUAUGUAUGAAGAUGUAGCUAAAGCAGAGCAAGAAAGAUUUGAAAGACGACAAGAAGCAACAAGAAAACAAUUGGAGAAAAUGAGAGCAGAAGAUGCUAACUUUGAAAGCAUGAUGGAAGGCAAUGAUUCUAUAUUACCAACAAAUCUUCAAGAUCCCCCACCACCACUGGCUCACAUAGAAAAACAAACCACUGAGAAAGCAACACCGAGCAGUCGAUUGAAAUCAGCUAGUCGAUCGUCAAGAAUGCAAAUGUCACAGCGUCGUAUUUACGGCAGUAUGUCAGGACGUCAAAGGGGAACUAUUCAAGAAUCAAAUGACAGUGCUGGUUCGCUGGACAGUGAUAGUGAUUUAUUGAUCGAUGGUGAUCUCGACGAUGACGACGACGACGAUAUUCUAGAUUCUGUAGGAGGAGCAGAAAUUGGGAAUUUUGAUUUGAAGGUUGGACAAGAAAAACGAGCUGUUAGUAAGCUAGAUCAUUCGGAUGAGGAUUUUUAA